AUGGGUAUUCAAGUUGAUUACAAUCCACAUGUUUCUGCAGAUACGUCUGGCGCCUUCUCGCAGCAAGAUAGUAGUGGCUUAUCGUCGAUAUUCGAUGUACCUGUAGAUCAAAAUAUCGCUGAUGCAACUGUUGCCAACAUGGAUAAUAAUAAUACUGGGUCAAUUAUGGCGAAUACAGGCCCCAAACGCAGAGGAGGCUGGCCAAAGGGCAAAAAAAGAAAGCGAGCCGAACGUAAAAGCGGAGUACCGAAAGCGCCAAUGACAGGCUACGUGCGUUUCUUAAAUUCUCGGAGGGAACAAGUCAAAUCAGAACAUCCUAACCUUUCCUUUCCAGAGAUAACUAAAUUUUUAGGAAACGAAUGGAGCAAGAUGAAAUUAAGUGCUAAGCAGGCACGUUUAGAUUUCUUACCAUAUACGUACAGAAAAAAAAAAUUUCUGGAUGAAGCGGAAGCAGACAAGAGACGAUAUGUUGAAGAACUGAAAGCUUAUCAGUGUAGUGAUGGUUACCGAUCAGAAGCAAGUAGAGAAUCUUCAAAAAAGAGUAAAUUAUUUACAGGGACUGGAAUGAAUAGCGCCUAUAUCGCUAACGACUUUGAGGAUGACGAAAGUGACGAACUAUUCUGUCGAGUAUGUAAUCAAUACUUUAGUUCGUUACACAACAAGCGCGAGCAUAUGUUCGGAAGGCAACAUUUACAAAAUGUAACAAACGCAAGCAAUUCCCAAAAUAAUAAUAAUAGCAACUACGACAAUACCACGACGCACAAGUAUCAGAAAGCUGUAGAUAACGAUGAAUUUAAACCAAUUAGUACCUUGACUCUGUCAAUUGAUGGCUUACUAGCUGAUUUUUAUUACCAGAAUCAAUUGCGAGAAAGCGAGAUUAAAUAUUUGAAGAAAUCAUUGCCAACGAACCAGCGUGUAAAUAUUCAAUUACAAGAACAGGCAGAAAAUCUAAAGGCGAUGCAGCGAAAACUUAAUAAUGAAAUUGCAGCCCUAAAAGAGUACGGUGCAACUUUAAAUCAGCACGUAGAUUCUCUGAGAUUAUUGUCAACUCUGUCUUUAGCAUCACAUUUUGAAAAUUAUACUUUUCCGUGA